AAUGCAGAAAAAUAAGAAGGCUUUGAAUAAUCCUCCUCUGAAGAAGGAGGUACCAGACCGGUCGGAUCAGAGGCCGUAUGCCACAAUAUGGAUGGACUCGUGCUACCAGGAGACACUCCUGCCCGAUCUGUCUUGGACCAAGGUCGAGCCAAGGGUUUGCGAGAUGCUGGCUCGGAAGAUCCAAAAGCAGCAGAGUCAACCUGAGAGGAUGCAGAUGAUAUUUGAAUUGGUCGGCCCAGAGUUUAAGAAGGAGUAUUUCCCCAGUGAACCAUAUCAGCCAUCCCUACUGGAAACUCCCCACAUGAAUGCCGAACAGAAAGAACGGUUACGUUCUGAAGCACAGGUUUGGUUGAAUAGUCAAGCAUACCGAGCUGCCAAGGAAAGUGGAUGUGGCCGAGUCCUGCCGGGGACAGAACCCACGGAUGAUCUGUGUGAUGAGCAGAUGAGAUUCCUGCAGAACGUAUUUGAUAUCUUUGUGAAGGGCUUGGAUCGUCACCUGUAUAAAAAUGAACAGGAGGUCAUGAAAAAAAAGAAGAUCCAGGAAGAAGAGGAGAAAAAGAAGAAAAAGGUUACAGAAGAUAAGAGUCGUGUGCAGGUUCUUGCAGUGCGGAGAGCAUCCAUGUUGAGUGCCAUGUCAUCUGCUUAUAGUAGGAAGUCAACACCAUUUUAUGACAAGGUCACACGAAUUGGUGGAGAUGAGCCUGGAUACUAUAGCGAUCAGACGGAGGCUGUGGGUGACUGUGUGAAGAGCAUCCUGCAGCGGGACCCCAGGAGAUUUGUUGAUGUUUCACGGAGGCUUCAUGGAAGACAGAUGCCUGGUUCGCUGAGGUCGUAUAUGUGGCUGGAUGUUUUGUUUAAAAAUGAUAGGGAGAGGCUCAAAGAAGGGAACGUUGAGAAGAUCGUGCGUGAGAGGUUUGGAAGGGCUGUUGCACGAGGUGUGGGAGACUUGAAAAUGAAACGAGCUACACAUUCACCGAUUGCUGGUCUGAUUGAGAAUGCUGUGGUUGAGAGUUAUGCAAAAACUUUGUCCAUGCAGCCAUACAACUUUGAGAAACAUUUAGUCGAUACUGCCAGGGCUCUAAACAUCCUUUACUCAUAUGAUAGGACCUAUGAACCUUAUCUUAUCCACUGGUUGUUUCCCAUGCAAGUUGCAUUCAAGGAACAAAGUCAUGCAGGUGAACAUGUGUACGAGUUGGCCAUGUACUUAGAUCUCCUCAAUCAGAACUGUUUCCCUUCCUGGCCAAAGAUCUUUGCAAUGGCUGAACAGACCUUGGACAUCUUGGAGCAGUUCGAUCCGGAGUUCCACAGGCAUCUGAGGACUAUUGCACAGACUGAUGCAAAUAUCAAUUCCAAGGAGUUCAUGGUCUACCUGAUCCAUCAGGAGAAGGAGAAGGCCCAGGAGAUACUCAAUGCCAAGCAGGAGGUUGCACCAGAUACACCCAGAUCAAAGGAAUCCUUGGCGCUGUCACGACCGCUGCUGGCAGAUCCCCUCGUCUUCUUGAGGAAGUGGAUUGGAGAGGGUUUUGUGAGUGUACUUGAUACGCCAGCCGUGAUGUUUUUGUGGGACCAGAACUUCAUGCAGCUGUGGCAAGGUCAUGCCAUGGAGAAUAUGUGCCUUUCAUUACUCAUGUUGCUGCGCCACAAAUUUAUGGAGGCUAACAAUUAUGCAACCAUGAAGGACGUGUUUUUGAAUGGUCCAUGCUGUCUUUACACUGCCGACAUCCAGCGGGCCUGGAUCCAUGUCGAGAUGGGACAGAACCUGAAUGGAGUGCCAUAUCUAAACAGACAGAGACCAAUAACCCCGCCUCCCACACCAGGACUCAGUCCCACACCUGUACCAGGAGCCACAAUUGUCGAAGGUCCACUAAUGGCUGUUGGUCUAAAGGACAUCAAUGUCAAGCUGGUCAUUCCGGAAAAGGCUUGGAGAAAUGAGAACUGGAUGAGACAGUUUAACCCCUCAAGGUUGAAACUGAUGUGCAAGGUCUACUUCGGCCAGUACAAGCUCGACAUGAAGAUAACCCACCAGGUGCCAUAUCUAACCGAAGGUGACAACACUCCACGCGGAAGCAAGAUAUUCUCCCUGGAUUUCACUGCGGAUAAGAUUGAAUUCCAUGACCUAGAUGCCUCACAGUACACAUUGAAAGCAGAUAGCUAUCCAUAUGCCAUUUUGAGAGUGGAUUAUCUUCAGCUGCAUGGGGAUAGAAAGUUGUCUGUCUCUCAUACUGCACUUGGUUGGGCAAAGAUACCCUUGUACUCUAAAGAGAGAAGACAAGCAAACCAACAACAGCCAGCACCAAAUCAGGCUGGGCCACAGACUCCUGGUCAGACUCCAGGAAGAACAGGGAACACACCUCGGCAAACCUCUGUCCAAGGUCCCACCCCCCAACAACGGCAAACUCUCACAUCCCGGCAGCAGCCUUCAGCAGCAACAGCUCAGAGAACACCCACACAACAAGGCAACUUGACCAGUAGACCCACCCCCUAUGGACAGAGCGCGCAGAACAGCCCUGCACCUGGAGGUCACUUGGAGCACAUGUGGGUUGGUUCAUGGGGUCACUGGACCUACCCACUGGAAGCUGGAGAUGUACCAGACUCAGUGCUACAGGUGCCAUCACGGCCUCCUACAACUACAUCAGGGAUCAUCAACCAAGGAUCGGAGAUAGCCUGUGUCAUCUAUGAUCCACAAAUACCAGAAGUGCCACCAUCCCCGAUUGUGGCACCCAAGACUCCUGUCAAAACACCAGCUUCUUUACCGACACCAAUUCCUACGCCAAAAACCAGGGAGCCAACUCCUCGGGUUGAGGAGCGUGAACCAACACCGGAUGACCGAGCGUGGGUCCCGCACAAAGCAGGAGCUGCCAAGAAUGACCCUGAACCAAUGGAUCUCAAUAGUACCUUUGAUAUUUAUGUGGAUAUGGUCAGAUUUAUACCGGAUUUGGCCAGCAUUAUCAAGGUUACUGGAAGAGUGCUGAGGACAGGUGAAAUAGCCAAGACCCCCGACAUCCUGACCUUCCCAGAGAUUCCCAACGACCCAAGAAGUCCCAAGUUCAAAUAUAAACUAACCAUAAAUGAGAUGAAGAAAAAUAUGGACCCGAAUGCAGUGAUUUUGUUGAGGGUUUAUACGGUACAGAAUAAUGACCAGGACCUUGUUGUAAUUGGGAGCUGUUUGAUUGGGCUCUGCAAUAACGAGGGAAAGAUAAAGACAGGUGGCUACCAGCUACGUCUUCAUAGUGGGAUGCCAGAGCUGCCUCAGGGAAUAGCAGGGCUGGUGCCUGGUGACCUUGACAGCAAGCCCAACAUACCAUGUGCGUCGGUGCUGGUUAGGAUUCUACCCCAUGCUACGAAGCACUUACCAGCCCCAGAGUACAGGACUUGCUACUACCACUCGGAUGAUGCACAACCUACUCAGACAGAGUGGGGUAUCUUUAACAGCUACCUCAGCGAUACGCAGUAUCCAAAGGAUUAUCUCGAGUUGGUGAAAACUGUCAAGUAUGCUGACCGGGAUGGUUCUGGUACGACCCACCAUAUUGCGAUCAGCUUCCUCCCACAGCGUCUGGAUAACAAGAAAUACCUACCUCCACAGAAGCCGGCUAAUCAGCUUGACCUUGGCAUUGCGGUCAGAUACCGCCAGGAAAAGGGAAUGAUGAUAUCUAUCCAGAAAGCAUUUGGCUUGGAUGGUGUUGAUGUCUACACCCAGUGCUUUGUCAAAGAAGUCAGGAAUGCUCCGCCAAAGAAGUCUGCAACUCCAGAUGGUGACUCGCUGCGAUUUUUAACUGAAAAAAUGGAGUAUGACUCUCCACAGAAGGCACCGUUGUGGGUUGACAGCGCCGUGACUGGUAAUCCUGUCUAUAGAAAGAACAGCUUCCUGUACAUUCAAGUGUACUGUAUGAAGUUCAAGUACACCCCAAAUGCAUCUCACAGCCAACCCGGGAAGCUGACCAGUGUUAAUGGGCAACAGUUUGACCUAGCUGCAGAUUCUGAUUGGUUUUGGACUGCUGUCCCGAUGUAUAAAUGGGAGUCGACACACAGUGGUAUCCAUACUGUGCCACUCUUCAAGGGAAGGAUAUCGCCCGAGUUGAAGGCCAAGUUCCUUGAGAACGGCGUGGAGGAAACGAUCUUCAAGAAUGACUGGGAUCAGGCCACUGUCCAUCCGACUGCUGGACUAAUUGUCAAACUCUUGGAUAAGCAAUAUGAGAAGGAAGAUGAAUUUCCUAUCCAACCACUGCCGCAACACAAACUCAUUGAUGCCCUUGGCAACGCGGCACCCUAUCUUGCUGCAAUGGACGAUAUGUCGGGCAAGAAAAUCCAUGAUUUGGUUGUGGAUUCUCUGGAACCUAAGUACCGCAAACUCGGGGCCAGUGGGGAAACCUACCUUGUGGAGCAGAAGUUUUAUUCCCAACUUGCUGUGGCAGCUUUCAAGGAACAAAUUGAGGAAGUGGAGGGACCGAUGCCAGACCUCAACCAGGGACAUCAGUCACCCCAAAAUAUACUGUCAGUGUCGCAGGAUGAUGCAUUCAACUAAACUUCAUGGCCAGGGUCGGAUUUAGCGAAUUUGGGAGGAAAGGUGUUGUUUCAUCCUCUCAGAAAUAUGGCCUUCAUGCCUGUGGAGCAGACUUUGCUGCAGUAACUGAUAUUGUGGAGAUCCUUCAAUGCUAAAUUCAAUCAUGACCAGGACAGUCAUUGAACAGGAAUAUUUUGUUAUGUGUCGUUAUAUUCUCUUUCUCUUCUGUUGAUUGAUUGUAAGGGAAGAAGACUGUGUGAUGUCAGACAAUGUACCGGUCAUGCUGUCGCACUUUGAAUGCACCCCUAUGAUGAAAUCAUGAACAGAUUUGUCAAAUAUGGGAUUUGAAAUGUGAUCCAGAAUGUGUAUAUUGACUUAAUUUAUGCCAAAUUGCCUCAUGCUAAGACUAAUAGGACUAAACACAUAGGAUAGCCUUUAGUUGCCAUUUCACAAAACCGUGGAAUUAACUGGACGUAAAUAUGAGUACCCUGGACUUCAUUCCUUAUAGAUAGAUGUUCAUUGUACGUGUAGUUCUUCGAUCAUGCAGUUACUUUUGUUAUGGAGAUUAAUGGGUUGUCAUGCAAAUCAUGUUUCCAAAGAGUUCGAUCUCAGAUAUUUGUUUGUAAAUACUGUGUACGUCGAUGUCUGUUAUGUGUAGGUAGAAUGUUUCUAAUAUAACAUGAAAUAAAAUGUCAGUUUGU